AUGGUGGUUGGAAGUGAGUUUGUCGCUGCCGCCACAGCGUUCGUUGAGAACAUUGUGGCGGUCGGCGCAUGCGGCAACUAUGGGUGUCUGAAUGCAUUCAAACCCUCACGCUUUACGCUGCCGCAGCUGCAGCAGGAGAGCGUUCCGGUGAUCCCGCCAAGUGCCGCGGUGCUUAAGGCCGCCAUCGUGGCAGAGGACUUCCCGGUAGGGGCGAUAGGCCGUCAGCUCUGCAGCUCCGCCGCCCAACUCAGCGUCCCGCUCGAGCAGUAUAUGAACACUCUCUUCACCGCCGCACAGCUGGAGUUCGGCUGCUCUUUAGAAACCCUCCUGCACUGUCUAUGGCUCGUGGAACGGAUGCAGACACGGAACAUACUCGCACAGCAGAAGGGCACCGUUGCCCUGCGCGACGCCUCUCGCGGCUUCGAAGGGAAGACGGGCAAGAGUCGAGAGAGUGACAUCACGCAAAGUUCCCUGUCAGAUGUGGAGGCAGUGGCGACACCUUUCACCGGUAGCGACGCCGUUCUUCUUUCCCCAAUGCCGUCAGAUGUCGUCUCAGUGGGGCCGCUCUCCGACGGGGACGACGAGGUGCUCUGCCGCGCAUGUGCGCGGAGUCACGUCUUUAGUCUCCAGCUGUGGAACGUGCAACUCUUCGUCGCCGCGACGCUGCUUCUUAGCAUGAAGAUUAACGAGGAGGUCUUCGCGGAGGUGGAGGAGGAGGUGCUGGCGGGCUGUGUGGGGGCGGCGGCGAGGUGCGGGACCGAUGCGCUGCGCUGCGCGGAGCGGUGUGUGUGUGAGGUGCUCUGGGACGACCUGUGCGUGACGGCGGCGGGGCAGGCGAGUGUCAUGCGCCGUCUUGGCGUGCGGUGCCUGUCGCUCUGA